AUGGCAAUGUCCCAGGCACAGGAUUACGAAUGCAGGAGUCAUAAUGCCGACGUGCAGGAGUCGAGGAUUUCGGGAUCGAGCACUAGGCUGGAGUGGGUGGAGAUCAUUGAGCCCCGCACCCGGGAGCGCAUGUACGCCAACCUGGUCACGGGGGAGUGCGUGUGGGACCCUCCAGCCGGCGUCCGCAUCAAGCGCACCAGCGAGAACCAGUGGUGGGAGCUCUUCGACCCUAACACGUCGCGCUUCUACUACUACAAUGCCAGCACGCAGCGGACCGUGUGGCACCGGCCGCAGGGCUGCGACAUCAUCCCACUGGCCAAGCUGCAGACCCUGAAGCAGAACACGGAGUCCCCGCGCGCCUCUGCGGAGAACAGCCCAGGGCGCGGCAGCAGCGUCAGCCGUGAGGGCAGCACCAGCUCGUCCCUGGAGCCCGAACCAGAUGGAGAGAAGGCACAGGAGCUGCCCUCGAGGGUGGGGCGGCCAGCGGCCUUCACGAGGGAGGAGAGCGGCAGUUCUUCACCACCAGCAGUGUUCCUUGAGAAGGACUAUGAAAUUUACCGGGAUUACAGUGCUGAUGGCCAGCUUCUUCACUACAGGACCUCCUCGCUCCGGUGGAACUCAGGCACCAAGGAGCGUGUGCUCAUCAAGGUGGCUGACCGUGAGCCCAGCUUCCUUGCCCCCCAGGGCAAUGGCUGCCCCCCAGACAGCCAACCUGGGGGCCGCUCCCGCAGACCCUCUGGCAGCCAGCACUCGCCCAGCCUGCAGACCUUCUCCCCAGAGGCCGAUGGCACCAUCUUCUUCCCAGAGAGGAGGCCAUCCCCCUUCCUAAAGAGGGCCGAGCUCCCCGGGAGCUGUUCCCCGCUGCUGGCCCAGCCCCGAAAACCCUCCAGUGACUCGCAGCCCUCCUCCCCACGCUACGGCUAUGAGCCGCCCCUCUACGAGGAGCCCCCAGUGGAAUACCAGGCUCCCAUCUAUGACGAGCCCCCCAUGGACGUGCAGUAUGAGGCCAGUGGAAGCUUCCAGGCCAGCUCGCCCCAGAGGUCGCCGGGACGCAAGCCCCGCGCCUUCCUGCCAUCGUCCAAGCAGGCGCCCCCCUCACCCUGCCAGCAGCUAGUGCUGACCAAACAGAAGUGCCCGGAGCGCUUCAUGAGCCUGGAAUACAGCCCCGCAGGCAAGGAGUAUGUGCGGCAACUGGUGUAUGUGGAGCAGGCGGGCUCCAGCCCCAAGCUGCGUGCCGGCCCCCGGCACAAGUACACACCCAACCCUGGGGGCGGCUCCUACUCCCUGCAGCCCAGCCCCUGCCUGCUGAGGGACCAGCGACUGGGCGUCAAGUCCGGAGACUAUAGCACCAUGGAGGGGCCCGAGCUCCGGCCUGGCCCAGUGCACACACCACUGCCGCAGGCCCAGGAGGACACCAUGUCCUGGUCCAGCCAGCAGGACACCAUGUCAUCCACUGGCUACUCCCCAGGCACGCGCAAGAGGAAGAGCAGAAAGCCCUCUCUGUGCCAGGCCCCUAACACCCCUGCCACCGAUGGCCCAGGGGACCUGCUCCGUGAGCAGCCCCUGGCAGAGGAACGGCCCCCCUGUGGGCCCAGCCUCGCCCCAGUGAAGCUCGCAGAGGGCGAGGCAGAUGGACUGCGGGGCACUGCCGAGCCCUUCCUGGCACAAGCGCGGCUGGCCUGGGAGGCACAGCAGGUCCACUUCCACAUGAAGCAGAGGAGCAGCUGGGAUUCCCAGCAGGACGGCUCGGGCUAUGAGAGCGACGGCGCCUUGCCGUUGCCCAUGCCUGGGCCUGUGGUGCGCGCCUUCAGCGAGGACGAGGCCCUGGCCCAGCAGGAGAGCAGGCACUGGAAGAGGAGCACCUUCGAGAAGCUCGGCUUCCCACAGAUCCUGCUCGAGAAGAGCAUCUCCGUGCAGACCAAUCUGGCCUCACCGGAGCCUUACCUCCACCCCUCACAGUCUGAGGACCUCGGUGCCUGUGCCCAGUUUGAGAGCAGCCGGCAGAGCCGCAGUGUGAUGCCCAGCUCCAGCUGCGUCUUCCCCACCUUCACGCUGCGCAAGCCCUCCUCGGAGACAGACAUUGAGAACUGGGCCUCCAAGCACUUCAACAAGCACACCCAGGGCCUCUUCCGGCGGAAGGUGUCCAUCGCCAACAUGCUAGCCUGGAGCAGCGAGUCCAUCAAGAAGCCCAUGAUCGUGACCAGCGACCGGCAUGUGAAAAAGGAGGCCUGCGAGCUCUUUAAGCUGAUCCAGAUGUACAUGGGCGACCGGCGGGCCAAGGCGGACCCACUGCACGUGGCCCUGGAGGUCGUCACCAAGGGCUGGAGCGUGCAGGGCCUGCGGGACGAGCUCUACAUCCAGCUGUGCCGGCAGACCACUGAGAACUUCCGCCUUGAGAGCCUGGCCCGUGGGUGGGAGCUCAUGGCCAUUUGCCUGGCCUUCUUCCCACCCACGCCCAAGUUCCACUCCUACCUGGAGGGCUACAUCUACCGGCACAUGGAUCCCGUCAACGACACCAAAGUGACACAGCACAUAAAAGCGCUCCUGGAAAGAAACACUAAGAAGAAGUCCAAACUGAGAAAGAAACCCAAGCCUUAUGUUGAAGAGCCGGAUGGGGUGGCGAUAAGCACAUAUGCCAAGUACUGUUACCACAAGCUACAGAAGGCAGCCCUGACGGGGGCCAAGAAGGGGCUAAAGAAGCCCAACGUGGAAGAGAUCCGGCAUGCCAAGAAUGCCGUGUUCAGCCCGUCCAUGUUCGGCAGCGCGCUGCAAGAGGUCAUGAGCAUGCAGAAGGAGCGCUACCCUGACCGGCAGCUGCCCUGGGUACAGACUCGGCUCUCUGAGGAGGUGCUGGCGCUCAACGGUGACCAGACAGAGGGCAUCUUCAGGGUCCCUGGGGACAUCGAUGAGGUGAAUGCCCUGAAGCUGCAGGUGGACCAGUGGAAGGUGCCUGUGGGCCUGGAGGACCCCCACGUCCCUGCGUCACUGCUGAAGCUCUGGUACCGAGAACUGGAGGAGCCCCUGAUCCCGCAUGAGUUCUAUGAGCAGUGCAUUGCGCACUGUGACAGCCCGGAGGCUGCCGUGUCCGUGGUGCACGCGCUGCCCCGCAUCAACCGCAUGGUGCUGUGCUACCUCAUCCGCUUCCUCCAGGUGUUCGUGCAGCCUGCCAAUGUUGCCAUCACCAAGAUGGACAUCAGCAACCUGGCCAUGGUGAUGGCACCCAACUGCCUGCGCUGCCAAUCUGAUGACCCACGCGUCAUCUUUGAGAACACCCGCAAGGAGAUGUCCUUCUUGCGAGUGCUUAUCCAACACCUGGACACCAGCUUCAUGGAGGGUGUGCUGUAGCAAGUGGGCAACCGAGGACCGGUGGGCUGGGGCAGAGUGGUGCUCGGUGCACCUGGGCAGGUGGGGAGCACGAGGGUGGGGGGUAAUGUCCCAGCUGGGAGGUAGCAUGCCAGUCUUCGCCCUUUGCCCACCCAGGCCACCGCCCCCCCACCCCAACAGAAUCCUGUACUUGCCUCUCUAAGCAAAGGGGCCAGAAUCCCUGGCCCCAGCCUUGGAACUCCCCUACUCUCCCCAACCCAGGCCCUUGGCCCCAGGCGCUCCCCACGUCUCCUUCCUGGUCUGAGGGUGC